AUGUUUUCUUCCAACCCAUAUAACGAAACUGUGUUAACCACUCCACAAAAACCUGUCCUUGGAGAACGUUCUAUACAAUAUUUGGUCAAACAUAUUUCAGUAAAUGUUAACAAGCAAUGUGUGAUAGUGAAAGCUGAUCAGGUUGAUGCAAUUCCAAAAGAAGUUCGUAGUUGGCUUAUAAAUGUACUAUCGUCAGAAAAGAAUACAUUUGAGAAUGCUAUUACGGUUUCAUUGAAUCCCGAAAAUUUGUUUCAGAAAGUCUGCAAAAUUAUUCUUUAUGACUUUUUCUUCAUGACUAGUAAAGGUCCUUUGGAUCGUUAUAUUGAGGAAAGGAAAUAUAUCGUGGAUAAAAUAGCUCCUUUAUUUAAGGCAAUUCAAUCUGUUUACCGAGAAUACACAUUUGACUGGAUUGAAGUGGUUGCAAGCAAAAAAGAAAUAAUAUUCAUCAAAGUGUCUGGAGGACCGGAGAAUGCUGUUAUAAAUCAUGUCAGAGAAGAUACUGAAAAGCUCAUAAAGGAAGCUAUGUUUGGUGAUCGAAUUACACUAAGUGAACUUCGUCUUAAUAAGAAACAUUUUUAUAAAAUUUUGCAGAUUAAGUCAGCAAUGAUACCAUUCUCUUUUGAAGAAGACGAAAAUUUCAUGGAAAUCUUUGAACUACUAUAUGCUUUGAUGUUAAAGAAGUUAAUGUUUUCUGAUUCUAUUAGUGGUAUGCCAACAAUUCGGGAUUGGAUCUGGCUCCCAAACACUAUUUCAAUGUGGGAAGCCACAGAAAUAAUUUAUGAAGACUUGAACUGUUAG